UGACGUCACGUGACAUAGCGUCAGAAACCCGGAAGUAAACAUUCUAAACAAUUUAGAGAGUUGAUUCUCAAACAGCUCUGAUAUUCUAUUAUUAUAUUUAUUUUCUGUGGAGGAAAAAAAAGGAAACCUGAUUCCUGCUACUUUUCAGACAACGUCAUGAUGCCCGCUCUGAGCAGUUCAGACGGUGGAGGAAUCUCAAACAAUAAAGUGAAAUAUUCCAGAUUAGCAGACAGUGAUGAAGGUUACAUCGACCUGCAGUUUAAGAAAAGUCCACCUAAAGUUCCUUACAAGGCCAUCGCUCUGGCGACGUUCCUCUUCCUGGUCGGAUCUUUACUGAUUAUUAUCGGCUCUCUGCUCCUCACCAGGUACAUUCAUGUGGAGAAUCCAGAAAGGACAAUUCCAGUGCUCAUCAUCGGCGUGCUCGUUUUCCUUCCCGGCUUUUAUCAUUUGAGGAUCGCUUUCUAUGCCGCUAAAGGUUACCGUGGUUACUCCUACGACGAUAUUCCUGAUUUCGACGACUGAUUCCUGAUUCCUGAUCCCGAUCCGUACCGUAAUGGUGUUACACAAGCUGCAUGUUUUUUUUCCCUCACUGAGAUUUACUUCCUGUGAAACACACACACACACACACACACACACACACACACACACAUUAUAUAUACAUUAUUUAAAAUACAGUCCAAUAUUUCCUCUGAUCUGUAAAUCAAAGUUCAGCAUUAAACAUUAAAAGCCGAAUGAUUUGCCUUUGUACACAUUUCAUGUUUCAUGUUUAUGUAUAAUGUGUUUAAAAUAAACUAUUUUAUGGUUUUUCUGUUGUUCAAACGUUUAUAUUACGCAUUAUGUAGUUUGCUCCCAUUGUAUUUACAUUUCUAUUAUUAUUAUAAUUUUUUUUUUUUUUUGCACUUUUUAUAGGGUAACAAGUGCAAAAGUUUUUGCACCCCCCAUGUUUUUGUUAUUGUUCCUUUAACUGUUCGCAGGUAAACACAUUUAUUUAGUUUAUUUAUUCAAUAGGAAAAUGUUAUCAUUUGAAAAUGGAGAAAAUUCUUUACAAAUAAAAAGCUGUUCAGAGAUGAAUUUGGGGUACAAGAUCUCAAAAACAUGGCUAUAACGGCUUUGAUAUAUUUUAAUAUAUUUUUCAAAUAUCUGUUGUGAUGUCUUAAUGUACGAUGAUGAAAAUAAAAAUAAAGACAGAAGCAGAAACUUUA